UAUGCCACUGGGGGGCUUCAGUGGUGCUCUGUUUAAGCUGUAGUAUAUGUAAAACUUUAUUUGAAAUAAAUGACAAGCUAGAUAUUUGAGAAAAAUACAAAUAAAUAUCCAGAUUAGUAGUUGGGUACAUAAUUAUACAGCAGUGUUUGUUGAAGGGCGCUGAAGUUUACUGGAUAAGUUGGAACAAUAAUUUUGGAAAAUUUCCAACUCUGGUACGGUAGUAGGUUAAGAGGCCAUUUUUAUCGAAACCCGGGUGCUCUUCGUAAAGUUUGUCGCUGUGAAGCUUAGAAAUGCCACAUAUUGAUAACGAUAUAAAGCUAGAUUUUAAAGAUGUUCUUUUACGUCCUAAGAGAAGUACUCUUAAAAGCCGAUGUGAAGUUGAUCUGGAACGUAAUUACAAGUUUCGAAAUUCUGGACAACACUAUAAAGGAGUACCUAUAAUAGCAGCUAAUAUGGACACAGUAGGUACAUUUGAGAUGGCUGAAGCUUUGGCUAAGCAUGGUCUUUUUACAACAAUACACAAACAUUAUUCUGUAGAAGCUUGGAAGGAGUUCAUUAACAAAAACCCUGAUAUUGUAGAGAAUAUUGCAGUUAGUUCCGGAUCAGGGCAAGGAGAUUUUGAAAAGCUAAAAGCUAUCACUGAAGCGGUCCCACAGAUCAAAUAUCUCUGCCUUGAUGUGGCAAAUGGAUACUCUGAACAUUUUGUGUCUUUUGUGCGGCAAGUUAGGAAAGCUUUCCCAUCAUUCACUAUCAUGGCUGGUAAUGUAGUGACAGGAGAGAUGGUUGAAGAACUAAUUCUGUCAGGUGCAGACAUUAUCAAAGUUGGGAUAGGCCCUGGUUCAGUGUGCACCACAAGGAAAAAGACAGGAGUUGGCUAUCCCCAACUGAGUGCAGUUAUUGAAUGUGCUGAUGCUGCUCAUGGGCUUGGUGGACACAUCAUUUCGGAUGGAGGAUGUUCCUGUCCUGGUGAUAUAGCUAAAGCUUUUGGUGCUGGGGCUGAUUUUGUAAUGGUUGGAGGAAUGCUUGCUGGACAUGAUCAGUCAGGUGGAGAUGUGAUAGAGAAGAAUGGUAAAAAAGUGAAGUUAUUCUAUGGAAUGAGUUCAGCUACAGCAAUGAAAAUAUAUCACGGUGGUGUUGCAGAAUACAGAGCCUCUGAAGGGAAAACCGUUGAAGUUCCUUACAAAGGAGAUGUAGAGCAUACAGUCCUUGAUAUCUUGGGAGGACUAAGAUCUGCCUGUACGUACACUGGUGCUUCCAAACUCAAGGAACUUCCUCGACGUACCACUUUCAUCAGAGUUACUCAGCAAUGGAAUCCAACUUUUCAGAGUGAAGUGUCACCAUAAAGAUUAAGUUGAAUAGUGUUAAAUAGUUUGUUAUCAGUGCUUUAGUAUGCUGUAUCCAAGAAAUAAUGCUAGAGAGCUGGAUUGUUGUGAUAUGAUAAUUUAAUUAUAUAUAUCUUUUGAGAGUGAUGUUCUGCAUGAAAAGCUUUUUACGUACAAGAUUCUCCGUCUCAUUUUAUUUUUAUUGUUUUUGUAUUAGCUAGUCGUUUUUGAAACUUCAGUUUUUGUUAGUUUUUAUUUAUUACUUUAGUUGUCACAUAUAUUUUUCAAAGUCAAGAGGAAUUAUAUUUCUAAAAGAGUGAAACUACUUACAUCAUUGAUAGGACUUUAUUUUGUGUUACAUUUUCAUAAAUGCAAUCACAGAAUGCAUGAUUCCGUAUUUAAAUGCAUAUUUUGGAAUUUUACUCGUAAGCCCGAUGAUGGUUGCAAAUAGGAUGGUUGAAAUAUAGCUGUAAUAACAAGAAGUAUUUCUUAUCAAUGAUUUAGGUAGUCUCACUCUUUUAAAAUACUUUAGUUGUAUUUACAAAUUGUUUUCCAUAUAGUUCUGACAUGUUAUAUGAUGCAAUGAUUAGAAACAUUUCAAUGACUCUUAGUAUGUUACUUUAAGAACCUAACAAGUAUGUAAAACAAAAGGAAACAUAGUUUUGAAAAAGAAUAGAGUUGAGGUAUUAUAUAUAUAUAUAUAUCCUUUAAUAAAUAGAUAUAUUUCAAGUUGUGUAGUAAAUAAAAAAUAAUUGUGUAUUUCCAGUCCUCACACCAAUCUUCACAUGUAGAGUUUUAAAACUUCUACCUAACCUUUUUGAAACUAGUGAUUGUGUUUGAUGUUAUUGUUUGAAGUAGGCUUAACUUUUCUAUUAUACAAUGAUCAUAAAACUUGUGUCAGAAAUUGAUAGUUGUUAUGUUGGAAGUUUCCACAUUGUUCACUGCUGUUUUACCCACAGCUUCACUUAUAUUCAAAACUAGUACACUUACGGUAUGUUGAUGUCUUCUGAAGCUUUCCAGGGAUAUCAGUAUUCUGAAGCAACAAAUAUUAUUAUUGUUUGUAGUUACCCAGAUAAUUACAUUUAUGAACUAAAUGUUAAAUAAUUUCAUGCACUUGUAGAGUAUGACACUAAUAUCGUAUAGAAUGUACCAUUUUCUGUCAUGCCCUGAAACUUACUGGAUAUGAGACUCUAAAUUAGUGCUUCAACAUGAGCUUUCUUGUAGCCAUUCACAGCAAUCUGGAAUUAAGAACACUUCCACUGUUGUUUACUGACAGUCUGACAAAAAUGUAAAAACAACUUCAGAAUUGUGUUGAGAAUAUUUUUUGAGGUACUUGUUUCACUUAAUGUAUAAAUACACUAUGAUUUACUUGCUUAAAUGUUACCUUAUGUUAGGUAUCAUAAUAAUUUUAUUAUUCUCUCAUUGCAAAGCAGAGUGGGGCAUGUUGGUUUUUUCCCCUGUCCGUCCAUUUGUUCUGAUUUUGUGGAUAGGAUAUCUUAAGAUUGAAUGGAUGAAUUUUGACCAAACUUAUACAAAAGGUACUGCAUACAAAGUACUAGACCUGAUUAACUUUUGAAGGUAAUAGGUUAGAGGUCAAGGGGGGGGGGGCUUAGGUGUUUCAUAAAGACAAUUUAUACCUGUUUUAUUUGUUUUCUCUGGUUAUAUAGAAUGCUGCUUUCAUACCUGAUAGAAUUAUAUGUUUCUAGUGUGUGUUUGUUGACUGAAUACCUAGGUAUUUCCUCUCUAAAAAUGAGCUUGUUUGCUACUAUGUGUUUCUUGUAAUAAAUUGAAUCCUUGCACCUAAACAAACUCUUUAGUUGUAUUAGUUCUACUGUGGAUAUGUAUUUAAAAAGCAGGUUUUUCCUCUUCCAUUCUGGUGUUAUUUGGUGUAAAGGUAUUUGAAAUGUGCAUUUUUUAUGUUAUCUAGAUCUACUUUUCUUCAACAUCUAAGCUUUGGACAGAGCAUGUUGAUUUUAUGUGCCAAAUUAGGUCUUUUCACACCUUGUCUAAUGAAUGAUGAAAUAAGUAGUUAUCGUUGUUUGUAUUUGAAGUGCGGUUUUGCGUAUUUAGUAUACUUUAAUUUUGUGGCAUUCUUUUAUUAACAGAAACAGUAUUUUGAGAUUGUGGGUUGCUGGUAAUAGUUGGUGCUAAGCAGAAAUUUGAUCUAUUGAAUGAAUCUGGUCAGUUGUGCUAACUGAGCUCAUAAUACUUUUUUCGUAGUUUAGUAUUGUGAAUGAAAGUUUUUUUGUUGUAUCGUUUGUAAACUGGUCACCUGAAGAUUAUUUCUGAAGCAUAAUUAUUUUAGAAAGUUUGUUGAUAUAUCUGUAAUACCUUUGUAUGCUGUACAAUUUUUGUAAUGUUGAUUCUUUACAUAUCUGAUUGUUAUUAAUUUUAUUAAUGUUAAUACUCUGGUAUUACUAUGUAAUGUUAUUUUUAGUGUUAUUAAACAGAACUGUGGAACUCGUAUCAAACAUUUAAUAUAAAAACGUAAUAUUUUAUGUGAUAUAGCAUAUUGGGCCUUGGGUGUGUUAUACCUGUGAAAAUCAAUGCCUACUAUUUCAAUAAGUAUCUCGAAGUGUUGGUCGUGGGGUGCUGUUAACUGGCUUCCGUCCCACUAGUUUAGCAGGUAUCUCUUGUGUAGCUUUGUACGAAUAUCCAAAAUAAAUAAGUGUUGAAAUUUGA